UCCCCUGCAGGCCAAGUUGUUCCAGGUGUACCUCCCUGGGGGAGCCGCAGGGGGGCGGGGGGGGAAAGGAGGAAGGGAGAGGAUGAGAGAGACCGAGGAUCUCAGCUCCGAGCAUUCCACUACCACCACCACCACCCCACCUCCUGGGCCUAGAGUUCCCCUCCGAGUUCCCCCAGCUUUGCUUCUCACCCCGGGCGGAGCAACGGCGCAUCAGAGCCGCUGGCCCCUCCGGAGAAGCAAGAGAGGGCGCCACGCUAGAGAGCAAGAUUGGGCCCAAAGAGUCUGAUUUAGACGCCUCUGCAGUCCUCGGCCCCAGGCCCUACCGAGCCCCAGAGUCUCCCGGGCCGCAGACACGGACCGGCCCCUGCACGUGCCAGCGGAGCCGCCUGGUCUUAGCCUCAGGCCUCCGCGAAGAGCGGGCACGGGCUCCAGCAUUCCUAGCGCCCCCUACCGUCUCUCCCGAGCCUGGGAGGCCGCCCCAACUCAGACCCCCACCAGGCUGGGCCGGUCCCUGUGGAUGGGCUGGCGGGCGGGGCACCACGGAGGGCACCGCCCUCAGCCCGCCCGCCGAGGAGGGGACGGGAGCGGGAGGCUCUCUGCACUUGGCCGCCCGGGCUGCGGGUACCGGACGGGCACGGGUGCGGGCUCUGCGAGCUGGGAGCCGAGUCCGGGACGGAGCCCGAGACGCAGUGGAGGCCCGAGGGCUGUGCGCGGAGAUGGCGGCCGCCGCGGCCGCCGCGGCAGAGGAAGGGAUGGAGCCGCGGGCGCUGCAGUACGAGCAGACCCUGAUGUAUGGCCGGUAUACCCAGGACCUUGGGGCCUUUGCCAAAGAGGAAGCUGCUCGGAUCCGCCUGGGAGGGCCUGAGCCCUGGAGGGGUCCGCUUUCCCCUCGGGUUCCCCCAGAGCUCCUGGAAUAUGGACAGAGCCGUUGUGCCCGGUGCCGCAUCUGUUCCGUACGCUGUCAUAAGUUCCUAGUGUCCAGGGUUGGUGAAGACUGGAUCUUCCUGGUCCUGCUGGGGCUCCUCAUGGCGCUGGUCAGCUGGGCCAUGGAUUAUGCCAUCGCUGCCUGUCUGCAGGCUCAGCAGUGGAUGUCCCGGGGCUUGAACACCAGCCUCUUUCUCCAGUACCUGGCCUGGGUCACCUAUCCUGUCGUCCUCAUCACUUUCUCAGCUGGAUUCACACAGAUCCUGGCUCCUCAGGCUGUUGGGUCCGGCAUCCCUGAGAUGAAGACCAUCUUGCGGGGCGUGGUGCUAAAGGAAUACCUCACCCUCAAGACCUUUGUAGCGAAGGUCAUUGGGCUGACCUGUGCCCUGGGCAGUGGGAUGCCCCUUGGCAAAGAGGGCCCGUUUGUGCAUAUAGCAAGCAUGUGUGCCGCCCUGCUCAGCAAGUUCCUCUCCCUCUUCGGGGGCAUCUACGAGAACGAAUCCCGGAACACCGAGAUGCUGGCCGCUGCCUGUGCUGUGGGAGUGGGCUGCUGUUUUGCAGCACCUAUCGGAGGUGUCUUGUUCAGUAUUGAGGUCACCUCCACCUUCUUCGCUGUGCGCAACUACUGGCGGGGCUUCUUUGCUGCCACCUUCAGUGCCUUCAUCUUCCGGGUCUUGGCGGUUUGGAACCGUGAUGAAGAGACCAUCACUGCUCUCUUCAAAACCCGGUUUCGGCUUGACUUUCCCUUUGACCUCCAGGAGCUGCCAGCCUUUGCUGUCAUAGGUAUUGCCAGUGGCUUCGGGGGAGCACUCUUUGUCUACCUGAACCGGAAGAUUGUCCAAGUGAUGCGGAAGCAGAAAACCAUCAACCGCUUCCUCAUGAAGAAACGCCUGCUCUUCCCGGCUCUGGUGACCCUGCUCAUCUCCACUUUGACAUUCCCCCCUGGCUUGGGACAGUUCAUGGCUGGACAGCUCUCACAGAAAGAGACGCUGGUCACCCUGUUUGACAACCGGACGUGGGUUCGCCAGGGCCUGGUGGAGGAGCUAGAACCACCUGGAACCUCACAGGCCUGGAGCCCACCACGUGCCAACGUCUUCCUCACCCUGGUCAUCUUCAUUCUCAUGAAGUUCUGGAUGUCUGCACUGGCCACCACCAUCCCAGUGCCCUGCGGGGCCUUCAUGCCUGUCUUUGUCAUUGGAGCAGCAUUUGGGCGUCUGGUGGGCGAAAGCAUGGCUGCCUGGUUCCCAGAUGGGAUUCACACGGACAGCAGCACCUACCGGAUUGUGCCUGGAGGCUACGCAGUGGUGGGGGCGGCUGCACUGGCAGGAGCGGUGACACAUACCGUGUCCACGGCUGUGAUCGUGUUUGAGCUCACAGGACAGAUUGCCCACAUCCUGCCCGUCAUGAUUGCCGUCAUCCUGGCCAAUGCCGUUGCCCAGAGCCUACAGCCCUCCCUCUAUGACAGCAUCAUCCGAAUCAAGAAACUGCCUUAUCUGCCUGAGCUGGGCUGGGGCCGCCACCAGCAGUACCGGGUGCGAGUGGAGGACAUCAUGGUUCGAGAUGUUCCCCACGUGGCCCUCAGCUGCACCUUCCGGGACCUGCGGUUGGCACUACACAGGACCAAGGGCCGCAUGUUGGCCUUAGUAGAGUCCCCUGAGUCCAUGAUCCUCCUGGGCUCCAUCGAGCGCUCACAGGUGGUGGCAUUGCUGGGGGCCCAGCUGAGCCCGGCCCGCCGGCGGCAGCACAUGCAGGCGCGUCGAGCUGCCCAGGCCUCUCCACCGCCUGAUCAGGAGAGUCCCCCCAGUCCUGAGACCUCUGUCCGCUUCCAGGUGAACACAGAGGACUCGGGCUUCCCUGCAGUCCGGGGGGAGACCAACAAGCCCCUGAAGCCUGCUCUCAAGAGGGGACCCAGCAACUCCAUGAGCCUCGGGGAGAGUCCCCCAGGGAAUGUGGAGCAGGCUGGCAUGGCCCUCAGGAGCCUCUUCUGUGGCAGUCCACCCCCCGAGGCUGCUUCAGAGUUGGAGAAGUCAGAACCGUGUGACAAGCGCAAGCUGAAGCGGGUCCGAAUCUCCCUGGCGAGUGACUCGGACCUGGAAAGGGAGAUGACCCCCGAGGAGAUCCUGGAGUGGGAGGAGGAGCAACUAGAUGAACCUGUCAACUUCAGUGACUGCAAAAUUGACCCUGCCCCCUUCCAGCUGGUGGAGCGGACCUCUUUGCACAAGACUCACACCAUCUUCUCACUGCUGGGAGUGGACCAUGCUUAUGUCACCAGUAUUGGCAGACUCAUUGGAAUCGUCACCCUAAAGGAGCUCCGGAAGGCUAUUGAGGGCUCUGUCACAGCACAAGGCGUGAAAGUCCGGCCACCCCUCGCCAGCUUCCGCGACAGUGCCACCAGCAGCAGUGACACAGAGACCACUGAGGUGCAUGCACUCUGGGGGCCCCGCUCCCGCCACGGCCUUCCCCGGGAAGGCAGCCCUUCUGACAGCGACGACAAGUGCCAGUGAGCCCCAUCAAUGGGCGGCCUGGGAUGGUGAUGGCUGUGUCUGUUGGCCCAGAUCCUGCAGCUCUCCUGUGCUUUUGCCUUGGGAAAGGAGGCAGGUGCAGCCGAAGACUAGAGCCCCAGCCCCCCUUCCAGAUGGGGCACCAGCUUCUUCCUCCCCCUGCCUGGAAUCUGACCCAGCGCCCACCUGCAGCAAAAGCAGGGAGAUCAGCGCUGCCCUGGCAGGAUGGAGUU